GGACACAUAGGCUCUGAUGGUCCACUGCUGCCUCCUGUGGUCAGUCUGUAUCACUGAUGUAAAUCAGGACAAACUAUUUCAAGGACCAAAUCUGCAAAAUAUCCAAUUUGGACUCACCAACACAGGCAGCGGUCGACGAAACCACAACUUAACCCUUUUGGGUGCUGUGAUGUUAAUUGGCUUAUUUUCUCAAUGAACUUCGGUGUGUUGAACUUAACAGUUUACAAAGCAUCACUUUAAAGUUUCCCUCUCCCUACAGCAGCUUUAAUGUGACAAUAAAAGUUCACUCACUUCAUGUUUGACUGUUUAUGGGUUGUUCCACUGUAAAAGACAGAAGGAGGAGGAGCUGGAGGAGCAGGAGGGGCAGGAGUGGAGGGUCUCUAUAACAUACUCAGACUCCCAAUCUAGAGACAGAAGGAAAGAGACAGAGGAGGAGAUGAGCAUUAACAACCAUCAGAGAGAGAGAGAUAAACCUGAGCAGGAUCUUCAGUCUUCUUCUCCCUGUUCUUCUCUGGAGCAGGAGGUCUGAUCUAAGAACCAGGCGUAGACUCAAGAAUCUCAGCAGACCUUCGGACUUGCAACUGCUCAGUCCUCAACUCUGAAACUUCUAGGACCUUCUCAGGGGUUUUUCCCCCAUCACUGAUCCUGCAGUUCCCUAUCGAUGUUGAAGAUUUAGAAAAUUUCUCUGUGGAUAGAGAUAAAAGGGUUUUGUUGCAGCUAAAAACAUAUAUUUUUGUUUUAGACCAAAAAGCUUUUGAGAAUAUUACCUCAGACCUGCUCUGGAAUCAGGUACUGUUAUUUUCAGACUGAAAUCCUUAGGACAGUUCAGUAGUCCACUGCUUCGACUUUACUAAAGUAAUAGUAAAGAAAGAUAGUAAAUAGUAAAUACUAAAAAAAAAAAAAAAAAAGGAUACAAGGUCAGGAUCAGGUUCAGUGACGUCACAAACAUUACUUCUCAACCAAAUUUCUGAACAAGAUCCUGAGUUUGUGCGGUCCAGGACCAGGAUGCUCACCAUGGUACUGCUGCCUAUCUGGUGUUUGCUGUUCCCUUCUCCGUCUAGUGGCACCAGUAACUUUUCACAAGUAUCUACGUCAGACCUGUUGAUGUCAGACCUGCCAGACUUCCACAGCACAGAUUCACCUGGAUUUGAGCCUCUCCUGCAGACCUCACACCUUGAGAAACCAAACCUGGUCCAAGAGACAGAUUCCCUACUGGGAAAAACAGAGCAUGCAGUCAAGUUGAAACACCUAAAACCUGAAAAACAUCCUCAUUUGUCGAACUCCAACUCAUCCGCCUCUGUUCGUACUUCGCUCCCUACCUGCACUCAGGAGAUAUCAAUAAAAACAGCCUUCAAGUAUAUAAACACUGUGAUGAGCUGUGUGAUAUUUGCGGUGGGAAUGAUUGGGAAUGCCACACUGCUCCGGAUCAUCUACCAAAACAAAAAUAUGAGGAACGGACCCAACGCUCUCAUUGCCAGUCUGGCAUUAGGAGAUCUGAUCUACAUCGCCAUCGACAUUCCCAUCACCAUCUACAAGCUGCUGGCCAUGCGCUGGCCGUUUUCCGACAGUGUCCUCGGCCUCUUCCUGUGUAAACUCUUCCCAUUCCUUCAGAAAGCUUCAGUGGGAAUCACUGUCCUCAACCUGUGUGCCCUCAGUGUGGACAGGUACCGUGCGGUGGCGUCCUGGUCCCGGGUUCAGGGAACCGGUGUUCCAGUGGUAACAGCGGGGGAGAUCCUGAUGAUCUGGUUGGUGUCUGUUGUCCUGGCCAUCCCUGAGGCCGUUGGUUUCAACAUGGUGGAAUUCCAGUACAAGAAUGCCACCUUGAGGACAUGCAUGCUGCAGCCCACAACAUCCUUCAUGGUGUUCUACCGGGAAGUGAAGGACUGGUGGUUGUUUGGCUUUUACUUCUGUGUUCCUUUGACCUGCUCUGUGGUCUUCUAUGGCCUGAUGACCUGUGAGUUGCUGCGACACCAGAGGGGCAGUCUGAGAAUGUCGCUGAGUGAACACCUGAAACAGCGCAGAGAAGUGGCCAAAACUGUUUUCUGCCUGGUUCUCAUCUUCGCUCUGUGCUGGUGUCCUCUGCAUCUAAGUCGACUGCUGAAGAGAACUUUCUACAAUUCCCAUGAUGCACGGCGCUGUGACCUGUUAAAUUUCCUGCUGGUGUUGGAUUACUUCAGCAUCAACAUGGCCACCAUCAACUCCUGCAUCAAUCCCAUCAUCCUCUACUUCGUCUCCAAGAGGUUCAAGAACUGCUUUAAGUCAUGUCUGUGUUGUUGGUGUUACUCUGGCUCUCUCUCCAACAGCCUGACGCCGCUGCACCACGGGACAAGUCAGCACUACAAACACACUGAGCACUGAGAGAAAAAGAGACGGGGUUGGGGGAGAGAGAGAGAGAGAGAGAGAAAGAGAGAGGGAGAAACAGCCCAUACAGAAUAAACGCCUGCCACCAGGAAUAUAGAAAAAAACAUGAAACAGUUUAUAAAUGUUUUUUUUUUAUCAGCCUCACCACAGUGCAGAGAGAAAAUCAAUUAUUUUAGCUCACACAAACUCAGUAAGUUCUGGUUCACUACUGCCUCCUGUGGUCACUGAGAUAAAUCUAAACAAAGGAUUUCACUUUUGAGCUGAGUGGACCAAGAACUACUGUGUCUCUGUGAACUAUAAGUCACUGAUUUUCUGUAUGGACUUCAGUGCAAAUGAGCAGUUACACAGUGAAUUUUUUUUUAUCUUUUAGUGCAAAGGCCAUGGAAAAAAACAUAUAAAAAAAAAAGUGACUGAAAUCAUUUGUACUUUAGUAGACUAGGCCUCAGAGUUAGGGUCUACAUGUUAUCGUAAUGUAUCUCUUGUUCCCCAUGUAUUUAUUGCACCUUGUCAACUACAGUAUAUAUUUUAUUCAUUAUAUUAUACAGUAUACAUUUUUGUUUAUGAUGCAAACUAAAAAUAAUAAAAACGUGUCGUUCAAAAUUUUUAUUACAUAUUUUCGUGUAAACAUGUUUUCUGCAUCCGUACCCGGGAAUUUAAACGUAACAACGGGCACUACCGCCCUCCGCAGGCAAAGUGUUGUCAUUACACCUCCAUAAAUGGAGCGUUUCAUUGUAGUAGAUUCUCCACUGGGAUCUGAAGAACCUGACUGUGAGGCUGGAUUCAUGCACAACCACUGUGACCUGAAUGCAAAUCAAAUGUUUGUUUUUUGUUUUCCUCGAAAAUCCGUAAGAGACGCAGCAAUAAUAUAAUAAUAAAGUAAUAAUGUAUAAUCUAAUAAUGUAA